AUGGAGACGAACAAGCCGCAAAUUGUCCACAAUGAGGAUUCUGCAAUAAAAGCUGCGGCCAUCAACCAGAUGCACGCGAUACGUGUAUCCUUAACCGAAGAAGAUAGCAAACGUAUCCGACACAAGAUUGACAAAACAAUACUGGUGAUUUUAUGCUGGACAUAUCUUUUACAAAUCUUGGACAAGUCUCUUUUAGGUUAUGGCGCCACAUACGGUCUCAAGGAAGAUGUACAUCUAACAGGGAGUCAAUACUCGUUGCUCGGUUCCAUUUCCCCCAUCGCCCAGCUAGCCUGGCAGCCUUUUUCCUCAUAUCUGAUUGUGAAAGUACCUCACCGCAUACUCAUGCCUUCGCUGAUGACCGGGUGGGGUGUUGCCCAGGCAGCCAUGGCUGGGUGCCAUAGUUUUGGUGCUCUGCUGGCGACUCGAUUCUUGCUCGGGCUCUUUGAGGCUGGAUGUCUCCCGCUGUUUAGUGUGAUCACCAGUCAGUGGUAUCGUCGUGCAGAACAGCCAUUGCGUGUGGCCGCUUGGUAUAGCACCAAUGGUAUCGCCACUAUUAUCGCAGCGGCGCUCAGCUAUGGAUUGGGUCAUAUUGAAACAGGUCUUCUGAAGGAAUGGCAGAUACUAUUUCUGGUCUGCGGUCUUAUCACUGUCUGUAGCGCUCCUUUCAUCUACUGGAAAUUAGACAACGACGUCCCAUCGGCGCGGUUCCUCAACGACCAAGAAAAACUACAAGCCAUGGAACGUCUCCGAGCCAACCAGACAGGUAGCGGAAGCCGGGAGUUCAAGAUGUAUCAAGUGGUGGAAACCGGUUUGGACCCAAAAACGUACCUUUGGAUCGCGGUGACCUUCCUUCUGAAUAUCGGUGCGUCUGUCACCAACGUCUUUGGUCCUUUAAUUCUGUCAGGCCUGGGAUUCGACAAAUUCAGAACGACUCUGCUCAACAUGCCAUUCGGCGCACUGCAAUUCAUUAUCAUUCUCCUAGCAAGCUGGCUCACCCAAAAAGUCACCCUCAAAGGAGCCAUUCUAGCGGCCUUCAUGCUCCCUGUGGUCGCCGGACUCGCCAUUCUCUAUAGCGUUCCGCGCGGUCCAAACGCACAGGGGGCUUUAAUGGCGGGGUAUUAUCUUCUUUCCUUUCUCUUCGGAGGCAACCCACUCAUCGUGACGUGGAUCGUUGGAAACACGGCCGGAUCGACGAAAAAAUCCAUCGUUCUCUCUUGCUACAAUGCUGCUGCUAGCGUAGGGAAUAUCGUGGGCCCACUUCUGUUCAACGAUCGUGACGCGCCAGCUUAUCUCCCGGGCCUGCGGGCUUGCCUCGGGAUGUUUGUGGCUAUGGUUGCCGUGAUUCUGAUUCAAUGGGCUAAUCUGUUUAUGUUGAAUCGAAUGCAAGAGCGUCGGAGAGUUCGUAAUGGCAAGCCGGCAAAAAUCGUGGACCGGUCCAUGCAUACAGGGUUUGAGGUCACAGAGGAAGAUGCCGCAGAUGAAGGUACAGAGGCACAGUUGGGAAGGAAUGCGUAUAAUGAUCUGACAGAUCGGGAAAAUGACGAGUUUGUCUAUAUCUAUUGA